AUGCUAUCGUGGGCAGCCGAGACAAAGAGGUCACAGCUGGUGGCAGUGUCAAGGCAGUGUCCAGGACGCCCGUACCUGGAACUUAGGAUCCCGCCCGAAGUAAAGAGCCUGACACAGAUGACCAUCAUCACGGUAUCCCAUGAUCAAGGCUUCAGCGACACCGAAGCUACCCUGGGUGGCACGUACGAGGGGUCAAACUCCUACUUCGAGCUGACAGUUAUCUCGCCUUCGUAUCACGAAAGGGUCCCGACGCAACGGUUCCAGCACAAUGUGAAUGCAUCUCUGGACCCUAAGAGACAUGAAAACGUGUGGCGCCUCGACUCCCCACACAAGGGAGAUUGGCUGGCCUCCGUUCGGGGCGGAGAUACUAUCCAGCUCCUGGCUCGCUCAGAAUUUCCCGCCUGGAUGAAUUACGUGCACCACGCUGAGAUCAAGGCUGUCGGCGAGCUGCUCACAGACCCCUUGCCGGCCCUUGUAGAGUCAGCCACGCCCUCUAUACAGCUUUACCGGCCUCUGAGACGAGAUCAAAGAGAGAUUCGCGUGGUGGAGAUCUUUUCGGGAGGAUUCGAUGAUGCCAUAAAAGUGGCGCUCGCAACGAUUUCACUCGAUAAUCUCGAUCGAGCAAAGUACGAGGCCCUCUCCUAUUGUUGGGGGGAUUUGACCGAUACUCGAUCCCUGGUCGUGCAGACGCCUUACGCCGGCGAGCUCACAGUCACCGUCACAUCCACACUUUACGAUGCUCUGCGACGCCUCCGCCCAGUGUCUGGUCCGUCCAGAACUCUUUGGGCUGACGCUCUUUGCAUAAAUCAGCUCGACGUCGAAGAGCGGUCGCACCAAGUCUCGCUUAUGAAAUCCAUUUACACUCUCGCCGAGCAGGUCAAUGUCUGGCUUGGCCCGUCCACUGAGGACAGCAAAUGGUGUUUCAACCAUAUCAAGGCAAUUGCGGCCACGUAUGAUCAGGACGGCGAUUCGAAGGCUGCUAUUGACACCACCCACGAUUCCAUGGCCAUCGGGAGAGAUGGCAUGCUCCCGUUCGUCGACCGUUGGCGUCGAUGUGACUUUCCCUACUUCCGUCGGACAUGGGUGCUCCAGGAAGUCGCCAAUGCGAAAUCCGCCUGGGCACAGUGCGGCAACGAUAUCGUUCCCUGGCCCGUGAUAGUGCGGUUGGCUGACUGCAUUAUGCGGGGCAAACAUGCAACAGAUCUCUUUCGCUACAGCCUCAUGCCCUCUGUCUUCUCGCGGCUCUUCCCUCUUGUCGGCGGAGAGACGGCACAAGUUGUCCGCUCGUCCGACCUCAAAAUCAUAGAUGUCCUUGUCGCAGCACACGACUUGGAUGCUACCGACCCAAGGGACAAAAUUUUCGCUAUGCUGCAGUUUGGCUCAGAGACCGGGGAUACCGAAAAUCUACCCCUGGCGGUGCGCCCUAAUUACCGCAAGAGCGUGACGGAGGUGUUUGUGGACUUCACGCGGUGGUGGAUUGCCGAGCACCAGAGCCUGCGCAUCCUGUCUGCCGUUCACACCCUGCAUGAUAGGGGGUGGCAGAAAAUGUCGUCCGGCCCCGACGUGGAUCUAUCCAAGCUCGGCCAUCCGACUUGGUGUUUCUGGUACGGCGGUGCUGCGAGCAGGGCACGGUCGACUCUCGCGCUGGGCGAGAGCAGUCUCUUUAGCGCGAGCGGGUCGUCGGUUCCAGACUCGAGGCUGUUGGCAGAUACGCGGAGCGGAAGCUCGGUGCUUCGCUUGGCGGGGUUCCGUAUUUGCACUAUCGAGAGUAUUGGAGCCUACCCAGCUGUAGACACGCAUGGAAUGAUUCGCGGCCCUUCGGCGAUGCACGACAUCUUUGCCCAACUAUUCGAUCCUCAGGGCAUGUCGAUGCAGUGGCUAUGGGAGCGCGAGGACCAUCGACCAAGAGACAGAAGUGUCAAGGAUCGGAUGGACAGCUAUCUCGACCAUCUUGUGCGACACGUCCGGCGUGGGGAACGAGGAGCCAAUUUUACGUGUCUGAGUGAUUGUUUUUUUAAGACCCGGGACGCACGUGGCUUAGAGGGCGAGGGGUUAUGUCCCCAUUAUGCCAGGGUUGGCGAUGUUGUUGUGAUCCUGUAUGGAGGCGCGGUCCCUUAUUUGCUGAGGAAGGUAGAGCAACAAGGAACCGGUGGCAAUGACUAUGAAUUUAUCGGGGAGUGUUAUUUGGAGGGCUUCAUGGACGGCCAUGCGAUGAGUCGCUUGGAAGCCGGAGAAGAGAAGGAAGAGGUGUUUUCUCUAGUCUAG